AUGGAUAAUCCGAGGCACCCGAGGACGGAGCUCCAGAUCCUUGCCUCGCUCUGGCGAGCAGAGACGACGGACGACAUGGACCGACCUGCCCGUUUGCAAAUGGCUGCAACGGCACACCCUCAAGAAUCUUCUCGUCUCAUGCGGAAACUCCCCGUCGAGGUGCGCAGGAUGAUAUUCCAAGAAGCAUGGCGCGAUGCCGGCCUUGCCCAGCACAUCUUGAUGACCAAGUCAUCUACCAAAUUGUACCAUUCACCCUGUGUCAGUAAGGGUGCGGCGGAUGAGACUACGGAUGAGCAGUUGCAGAAGGCCGAGACACCAGAAGAGGCUGUCGAGGUCCUGCGCAGAGCAAAGUCAUCCUGGGCUCUUCACUGGGCCUGCGAGGACGACUUUAUCGCAAGGCAAGAUGGAACGACGGCACGUUGGUCACCGUUUCUUCCCAUCUUGCUCACUUGCAAACUCUUCUAUCUCGAGGCUGUCGAUUCAAUCUACCAGGACGUCACCUUCUGCAUGACAAGCCCUAUGAUCGCUGUAUCCUUUCUGAACCGGUACCCGCUAUCCACCUUUCGGUCAAUUAACAUCUGCGUCCAGAUGCCGCCGCUCAUGUCUGAUCUGUACCUGAGUCCCGGAAAACACACGUUCCAAGUUGGUAAUACACAAAUCACGGCCCAGGACAAUCCGUGGGAGCGGUUGUUGCGGACGCUCUCGCGCAUGACCAACCUGCGGGAGCUCGAUCUCUGGGUCACAACCAUGAACAACAUCCGGCCUUGGCAUGACUGCGCCUGGGAGAAGAAGAUAUUUGCCGGCCUGUUCGAUGUGCGCGCCUCCCGGAAAUACGUCGUGAAUCUCCCAAAGCUACCCAGUAGGCCGCCUAAGACCGGUCAUGAAGACUGGUAUCUCACAGACGAGGACUUGGCCAAGGCGCCCUUCACUCUCGUGCGCGGCGGCCGGCCGGAUCAGUGGCGAGUGCACAUGUUUCUCAGAGGAAUCUGGCGAUCUAGGCCGCACUGGCAGGCCCGUUCGUUUCUGUAUUGUGUUUUCGUCUGCGCCUUCGUCUUCGCUCUCAUGAAGACGUCCUUUCUUUUGGCCCUGUCGGGCCUGGGAUGGGCGGUGUUGGCCCAGGUCCACAUUCCCUUCACGCGGCCUACGGCACGCGAGCACGAUUCGAGGGCUUCCCGCCGCGACGAUAAGCUUAAUGUCGAUCUCUACGGCGCAAAGUUCACCUACAUGCUUAAUGCGACCGUCGGGACGCCUCCUCAGGAUGUCUCCAUGAUACUGUCGUGCGGCUCCUACGUGACUUGGGUUCCGGAUGGGCAGUCUUCCACCUGCAAGUCCCGAAGAACAACUUCGUCGGGUUCCUCCUCCUCCUCCUCUUCUUCCUCCUCUUCUCCGUCAUCCUCCUCCUCCUCCACUCCUCGAUACUGCAUUUGGGGAAGCUACAACAAAUCCGCCUCGACGACGAGCGCCACCGAUCCGGACGGAAAUACCUUCACGGCGCGGUAUGUGGAUGGCAGCUAUGCCUCCGGAAAGCGAGUCCUAGACACGAUGAGCAUAAAUGGCGUGGCGGCGACGGACAUGCCCAUUGGUGUAGCCAGCAGCAUGGACGACUACAUUGGAGUCCUCGGCAUUGGAUACAACGACACCACGCGGGACAACUAUCCCGACAGAUUAGUGGCGGCGGGCGCGAUCAAGACGUCGGCCUACAGCAUAUGGCUGAACGACCCCGAAGCCAAGUCGGGCAAUGUUCUCUUUGGGGCCGUGGACACGUCCAAGUUCGACGGCAACAUGACGCGCAUCUACGCCAGCAAGACUACGUCGGUCUGGUACACCUUUGGCACCUACCUAAACACCGUCAACGGCACCAACUCGACCGUCGACCACAAGGUCAUCAACUCCACGACCAUGCCCGCCCCGGUCUUCAUCAGCCCGUCCGACUCGAUCUCGAACCUGCCCGACAGCAUCGCCUCGCAGAUCUGGGAGAUGGCCAACGCCACUUGGAACCCAAGCUACAAGCUCGCCACCGUCCCGUGCUCCGCCAAUGCCAGCAAUGCCACCUUCUCUUUUGAGCUCUCUGGCGCCGGCGGUCCGGUGAUCAACGUGCCCAUGGUGGACCUCGUCAUCAGCGAGGACAUCUGGUCCACCUCGACGUGGAGCUGGGACACCGAGUCCGCAACCAAGUACUGCAUGUUUGGCAUCCAGAACGGCACCCUGGGCUCCGGUCGCAACUACUACUCGACCGGCAAGGAGGAGCAGGGCGCGUGGAACAUCGGCAGCCCGCUCCUGCGCCGCACCUACACGGCCUUUGACCUCGUCAACCGCCAGGUCGCCUUUGCGCCCGUCAAGUUUGGCGUCUCGGAGCAGAAGAUCGUCUCGUUCGAGUCGUACGGCAGCAAGAUGCCCCAGACGACAUUCUUCUGCGGGCCCCAGGACUACUGCUACGGCGAGGGCUCGAGCAGAGAUCGGGGUUCGUCGUCCGGCCGCGGCGGUAGCGGCUAUGGUGGGAGGUAUUACGACGAGGGGCUGUCGCCGGCAGGUGUGCUCGGGGUCAGUAUCGGCAUUGGCAUGGCCUUCCUGUUGAUCAUGCUCGGCGUAGUGUGGUGGUGCCUGCGCGGCGGCAGACAGUGCUGUGGGGAGCGGACCAAGGAGCCGGAGGCUGAGGCUGAGGCUGCGGCUGCGAGUGCUCAGCCGGCCAUGGCGGAGAAUUCGGCGCCAGCUGCGGCGCCUGCCGCGAGUCCUGUUCCUACCGCCACCGCAGAACCGGCUCCCACCCAGCCGUCGACGAGCCCGGCAUCCCACGAGAUCCCUCCUGUGACGUCCGCACCCAACGGCGAGGGCUCUUCGCGCCAACCUUAG